AUGUACGAAGCCCUCGAGGCCCCACUCCUGAGCGUCGAAGAGCGCCUAGACGUCCUCUUGCACCUAAAGUGGACCGUCAGCGAGUUCGACUGCCGGCUGACCCGGGACAUCGCGGAGCUGGUCGACAGGGAGGCGGACCUGUUGAGCCGGGGGCGGGGGGAGGCCAGCCUGCGGCCGCUCCGGCAGCGCAUCCGCAACCUGUUCUUGCGGUUCGCGGAGACCCCGGACUUCAACCCGGAGGCCUCGCGGUUCAUUCGAGUGCCGCCCAAGUACGGGAAGCUUACGGACGAGGGGAUGGUGGGCUUGACAGGGGUGGUCUCAUGCAAGUGA